AUGGAAACUCCUCGCAGCCUCAUUCUCUUGUCAUCUUUACUUCUUCCUCUCCUCCUUAUAACUCCUGCUUCAGCUCAACUUCGCAGCGAUUUCUACAGAAACACAUGCCCCAAUGUUGAAUCUUUAGUCCGCUCAGCUGUCACGAAGAAGUUCCAACAGACCUUUGUGACUGCUCUGGCUACUCUUCGGCUCUUUUUCCACGACUGUUUUGUCCGGGGUUGUGAUGCAUCAGUGUUGCUUGCCUCGCCAAAUAAUAGAGCAGAGAAGGAUCACCCUGAUGACAUUUCUCUUGCUGGUGAUGGAUUUGACACUGUGAUCAAAGCUAAGGCAGCUGUUGAUAAUGAUCCUCAGUGCAGAAACAAGGUUUCCUGUGCUGAUAUUUUAGCUCUUGCCACUAGAGAUGUGGUAGUAUUGGCAGGGGGACCAACUUAUACCGUCGAAUUGGGGAGACGUGAUGGGAGGAUAUCUACAAUUGCCAGUGUUCAAAAGCAUCUCCCUCAUCCUGAUUUUACCUUGGAUCAGCUCAAUUCCAUGUUUGGCUUACAUGGUCUCAACCAGACAGAUGUGAUUGCAUUAUCAGGUGCGCCAACAAUUGGGUCCUCCCAUUGCAGCCGGUUCUCCAAAAGGAUACACAGAUUCAGCCUUCAAAACCGGAUUGACCCAACACUAAAUUUAACCUAUGCUUUACAGCUAAGACAGAUGUGUUCAUUAAGGGUCGACCCCAGAAAUGCCAUUAACAUGGACCCAACCACGCCUCGAUCAUUCUACAACGCCUAUUACAGAAACCUUCAGCAAGGAAAGGGUCUCUUCAUCUCUGAUCAGGUAUUGUUUACAGAUGCAAGAUCAAAGCCCACCGUCAACUUAUUUGCAUCAAACAACGAUGCUUUUAGACGGGCCUUUGUGAGCGCCAUUACAAAACUUGGAAGUGUAGGGGUCAAGACUGGAAAUCAAGGUGAGAUUAGAAAAGAUUGCACGAGGGUGAACUAA